AUGUCCACACUCCAACUUGAAAACAAUUUGGCUCUCCUAGGGUGGACACUCGCAACAGACAUUCCUCAUAUCAAAGGGCUACCUGAGAUUCCAGGAGCAGUUCCCGUCUUUGGUCAUCUCUUAAAACUAGGGGAAGACCAUGCCAGCGUUUGUGAAGGCUGGUGGCGGAAAUAUGGCCACUCUGUCUUUCAGAUCAAACUUGGUAAUACCCGGGCGGUUGUGGUGAAUUCGUUUGAAGAUUGUAAGAAGAUGAUGCUCGGUCACCAAAACGCGAUCAUCGAUAGGCCAAAACUUUACACCUUUCACGGUGUCGUGAGCAGCACGCAAGGAUUUACGAUUGGUUCGUCACCAUGGGAUGAGUCAUGUAAAAAGAAGAGAAAGGCAGCUGGAACAGCGCUUGGAAGACCGGCCCUUCGAAACUACCACCCAAUGCUCGAUCUGGAGAGCUAUUGUAUCAUCCGUGACAUUUAUCGCGACAGUUCAAACGGUACCAUUGAGCUCAAUAUCCGUCCUUAUAUUCAACGUUAUGCACUCAACACCACGUUGACCUUGUGCUAUGGUAUUCGGAUGGAUGCCGUAUACGACGACCUUCUACGCGAAAUCCUGCACGUCGGCUCUGCAAUCUCUUUGCUUCGAAGUGCGUCAGAGAAUCUGCAAGACUAUAUUCCACUUCUCCGGUAUCUUCCCAACAAUGAGAAAACCACACGAUCAAAAGACCUGAGAGAGCGCCGCGAUGCAUAUCUCAAUCUCCUUCUCGACAAAGUGCGUGAGAUGAUCAAGAAGGGCACCGACAAGCCUUGCAUCUCUGCUGCAAUUCUGAAGGACGAAGAAACAAAGCUUUCUGGAGUGGAAGUCUCAUCGAUCUGUCUCUCGCUUGUCUCUGGUGGCUUUGAGACAAUUCCUGGAACCAUGACAUCCGCCAUCGGAUCGCUUUCCACACCUGAGGGCCAAAUCUGGCAGGAUCGUGCCUAUGAAGACAUCAAGAAGUACUAUCCUGAUAUUCGCGAAGCUUGGACAGGCGCGAUCCAUGAGGAAAAGGUGCCGUAUCUUAAUGCGAUCAUCAAAGAGGCUGGUCGCUACUAUACUGUCAGCUCAAUGAGCCUUCCCCGAAAGACAGUGACUGAAGUGAAUUGGAAUGGGGCCGUUAUUCCCCCCAAGACUAUGAUCUUGAUCAAUGCACAGGCUGGUAACCAUGACGUUGAUCACUUUGGACCCGACGGAGCCAAAUUUGACCCAGAGAGAUGGCUUGAGUCCAUCAAUCCCCCAAUGGAAAAGGAAGCUGCUGGUCUUCCUCACCUAAGUUUCGGUGCUGGGUCGCGUGCAUGCUCUGGCCAAUUCAUUGCCUCACGAUUGCUUUACACCGCAUUGCUUCGACUGAUCUCGUCCUACAAGAUCGUGGCAAGUGAGAGCAAUCCCCCAAACACCGACUACGUGGAAUAUAACCAGUUCAAGACAGCGUUGGUUGCUAUUCCCAAGGAUUUCAAGGUUAAAUUGAUUCCUAGAGAUGAUGCGAUGACUAGUGAAUGCCUGCAUGCUGCUGAGGUUCGGACUAAGGAGCAUUACAAGGAAUGA